AUGAUGCCCGCUGGCGUGCCUCCGCAACCCCAGCAACAGCAACAGCAACAGCAACAGCAGCCGAUUGUACCGCCUGCAGUGACUGCCGGCCCCUCCACGGCGCCUCCUCCCCACUCCCCCCCGUCAAGCAUGGCGUUGGACGAGACCGCAGAGGGGCGCAAAGCUAAGCGCGAGUUGUCGCAAUCGAAGCGCGCCGCUCAGAACCGAGCUGCACAGAGAGCUUUCCGCCAACGCAAGGAGGGAUACAUAAAAAAACUCGAGCAACAAGUAAGGGAUUACAUGGAAAUGGAGCAGCAGUACAAGGCGAUGCAGUCAGAGAACUACGCAUUGCGCGAGUACGUGAUCCACCUUCAGUCGCGCUUGCUUGACGUUCAGGGCGAAGUCCCUCAGCCUCCACCCAACGUCAACCUCCAACACCCGUCCAUGCCGGCUCCUGCGGUUCCCACGAGUGGCCCGGAAAUCCCUCCCAGUAAUGCAGGCGCUGGCCCUCUUGAAGCUGUCGCGCAGGCGGUGGCCGGUCUGCAGGCCCAGGAACAGCUUGCAGAGAGGCAGCAGUUUACAAACAAGGCCUUCCAGCCUGAGCAGAUGAAGGAGGAAACGCGACGGGAGGGUGAUGAGAUUGACCCCCAGCUGCCGGACAGCCUCCCGGCUCCGACCGCUUCUAUGUGA